CGGGGGGGGGAGUGGGGAGGGACUGAGGAAAUACCGGAGAGAGGACGGAAGCAGAAAGCGUACGGCGCAAAAAGACAUUGAGUUCGGGAGGAGGAUCACACCGGAGUUCUCCACACAUGCUGAGCUCAGGGACAAUGGAUGAAUUCGUUACCGAAGAGGAAGAGCCUUGGUACGACCAGCGGGACUUGGAGCAGGACCUCCACCUGGCUGCAGAGCUCGGAAAGACUUUGCUGGAAAGGAACAAGGAGCUGGAGGACUCCCUGCAGCAGAUGUACAUCACUAAUGAAGAACAAGUGCAAGAAAUUGAGUACCUGUCAAAGCAGUUAGAGGUCCUUCGGGACAUGAACGAGCAGCAUGCCAAAGUGUACGAGCAGCUGGACGGUACUGCAAGAGAGCUUGAACGAACCAACCAAACACUCGUGAUCAACAGCAAGGACUCCCAGCAAAAAAUUGAAAGGUUAACAGGGACCAUUGAGACUUUGCAGAAUCAGGUGGAGUCCCUCUCAGGACAGGUGGACCAGCUUCGCUCCAUGGAAAAACUCAGAGUCAAAAGGGAGAAGAGGGAACGACGCAAGACCAUCCACUCCUUUCCUUGUCUGAGGGAACUUUGCACAGCACCCAGGUACGAGGACGAGUUUGUGGUGGGCAGGGCUGAAAGCUUUUCUGUGGAGGUGAAGCGUCAGCCAUUUGAAGAGGAGAACCAGCACCUUAGGGAGGCGGUGUCAGCUCUACGAGCAGCCAUCCGGUCCGAGAAAGGGCGACGAGAGGGUGUGGAGAAGGAGUGCAACCUGCUCCUUGCAGAUUUCUCGCGUCUGCAAACACGUGUGCAGGAUGCUGAGAGCUGUCAGGCCAGGGUGAGAGAGUUGGAGGUGGAGCUGCAGGAGCUGCAGCAGCUGCGGCGCGGCAGAACUUUCCUCCUCGGAAACGAAGAUGACGGCGUCACCCUCACCCAGACCGUCCUCAAUAACACCCCGGAGAUCGACACUUUCCUGGAGGGAGAGGUCGCGGAGACAGGAGGAGGCGUGAGGGAGGCGACGGAGGGUGGAGGCGGCGUGGGCGGGGAAGCUCUCCCCGAGUCCAACCCUGUGAGGAAAAGCUGCAGUGACACAGCACUCAACGCCAUCGUUGCCCGGGAUGCAUCAGGCCGCAGGAGAGGCAGCUACGCUCUUCACGCCAACAGCGUGAGAAAGAGAGGCAUGUCCAUCCUCAGGGAGGUGGAUGAGCAGUACCACGCUUUAUUGGAGAAAUACGAGGAGCUGCUGGGAAAAUGCCGCCGCCACGAGGAGAGUCUCUGUCACGCCGGCGUCCAGACUUCCCGACCCGUCUCCCGAGACCCUUCCAUGAAGGACUGCGCCGUGGGUCACACCCCCGCCCCUCCCCCAACCCCCACCCUGUCACCGUCGACGCCGGAGGCCAUUGAGAUGAUCGGCAAGCAAGUGGAGGCGGUGGAUAAGCGCCUGGGACAGAACACUCCAGAGUACAAAGCUCUCUUCAAGGAGAUAUUCUCCCGUAUCCAGAAGACCAAGAUGGACAUUAAAGCUACCAAAGCCGCUAAACCCAGCAAAUCCAGCAAGUCAGGCAAAUCUAGUAAGCAGUGAUGCGUCUCUAGAGGACAUUAGGUACAAUGUCAGUGUUCCGCGCAGUGCAACAUUUGUCACCAAGCAGCCAACUAAAGUGCAGUACAGAAAAUGCCAAGUAGAGUCUUACACGAAAAUAUGAGUAGCAUGUAUUAGCAGUACAAAAAUAAAACAAAUCUGCAUAGUUUCGUCUUAAAUGGCAUUUAGUGUUCAGUGUGCAGAAAUAUGUUAGAUCAGAGGUUCUCAACUUUGUUUCACAAAGUACCACCUCAGAAAAAAGUACCAAGUUCCACAAUAAUGACCAACAUUAAAAUACAGUUGCGUAGUAGCCCUAAGUAUUUAUUAAAAACAAAACACGUUUUAUUUAACAGAUAUAGUUAAUAUUUUGGGCUCUGUAACACACACUGUAUGAACAGUGACAGUGGCUAUGUUUACACUGCAGGCCAAAGUGGCCCAAAUCAGAUUUUUUUCCAGCUGACUGUUCACACUGCAAGUAAAAUGUGAUCUUCAUCAGACUCCAGUGUAAAUGCGCUAAGGCCCCAACGUGGCCCGUGUGUGGCCUCGACGUCAGUUGCAUGCGCACUCGAUAAAGUGAAAACCAAGGAAGUUGACAGGAUUCCGUAAAUGAACAAGGAAGUCACAACGAGUACUACAAAAUAAAAUAAAAGUCGCCUCCGUACAUAUUUGGGCUGUGCAUUUGUGGGCACGGCUCAAUUUGUGGGGGAACGAUUCGAUUGUCGAUUCAAAAUCAAUACUUUUUCAGUAACAUUGGGUGCAGGUUCUAGAUUGACUACAUUCCUCUAUAAAAUAGAUAAACAGCUCUGAUGAAUUUUCAUUUUAUUAAACUGGUUUAUUUAAUAAAAUUCUACCUAAAGUUUUACUAAAUUGGCUGGACAGCACAGACUUUAGGGUGAAUCAAACAAACAA